AUGGGGGUACAUGAAGAUCAGGAAACAGGGGCUGCUGAGCCUUCGGUGCCAGCUCAGAAUCCAACACAGGAUUCAACACGAGAUUCAACUCAGAAUCCAACAUCUGAUAUAGACGAAAAGGAGCGGCAACGACCUGCUGCAGAGGACACAAAAGAUGAGGCUAGAUCAAAAACUGUACCCAGCUCACGAUUCACGGGUCAUCAACUUUUUUACAUCUUUGGCUUGGAUGGUAUUGGCGCGUUAAUACUCUCGGGUGGCAUCAACUUCGCCAUUGCCUAUGCCAUGUAUACUAGGCAAAGUAAACCUAUUCGUCUCUGGCAGCUUCCCAAUACGUUUGCUGGCGAUGCUGCCGUUACCAUUAUUAUCCAGUGUAUAAUUACCUGGUUCGUCGAGCUUUUCAUCCUUCGCUACGACCUUAGCCAGGGCGCAGUGCAGCCCAUCGGCUUCAUCCCGCAGCCUACCCACCCAUGGCUACGAUUCUUCUUCUUUCUCCCUAAAGACCCAACUGCCGAAAUUGAGCGAAAACCUCGACCAUGGUCGUUAUUGGAAAUUAUUCAGCAGGCUUUGAGAGGCUUUAGCUUUGCUGUUGUGAGCUUUCUCAUACUUUGGCCCAUAUUCAUGGGCGCGCUGACUGCCUUUGGUGUGAAAGAUGGAGGCGACUAUUACUACCAUAACAAGUGGGUGCCUCAAGUGUUUAAGCUGAUAUUGGGUGGAGUGCUGGGUCUGCUCGUCACACCGUGGAUGGCCAUGUUUUGGUUGGUCAAGGCUGGCUGGGAACACAGAAGGGAAGAUUCAACGACUGCAGAAGUAUAG